AAGAAGGAUAUGUCCGCUUUUGCGCCGCCCACGGCGGAUGUAGAGAAAGGCGUUGUCGAUAAUGGUGACGGAGAGGCCAGGCCCCCAGCACUCGAUCGCAAUGUUACUGCUUCAUCAGUCCACUCAUCGCCAUCGAUUUCACAUGUCCAAGAACCCCGUCGCCAGAAUGACCCAGAACAAGGAGAAGAAAUAUCCAGAAUACCCACCCACAAGUCUCAGAGGCCAAUACCAGCGACAUUAUUCAAAAGUAUCACUGCGCGCUCUAACGCCACCGUCACGGAUCCGGGACCACCUCCUGAUAAGGGCCUCAAGGCUUGGACUCAGGUUGCCAUGGGACAUCUCGUGGUUGUGAAUACCUGGGGUGUGAUCUCAUCGUUCGGUGCGUUUCAAACGUAUUACACACAAGAUCUGGGGAUGGAGCCGAGUGCAGUUAGUUGGAUUGGAAGUAUGCAGAUGUUGUUCCAUUUCGGACUUGGAAUGUUCUCCGGUCGCCUCCUCGACGUCGGAUACUACCACUGGUCCGUCGUUCCAGGUAUUCUCCUGGCCUCUCUGGGCAUGUUUAUGACCAGCAUCUGUACCUCUUACUACCAAUUCUUCCUUGCGCAAGGUAUUCUAGUCGGCGUCGGCUGCGGUCUCCAAUUCGCGCCCUCGCUCUCCCUCGUUACUACAUACUUCUCGUCCCACCGUAGCAUCGCCCUCUCCAUUAUGGCCGCGGGCUCCGCAACCGGCGGGCUCAUCUACCCAACCAUAAUCCGCCAGCUCCUACCUAUCCUUGGAUUCGCAUGGACAGUCCGCACAAUGGCCUUCCUCAUGCUAGGUGUAGGUUCCGUCUACGCCUUCCUUCUCACUCCUCGCCUGCCUCCAAGAAAAUCCGCACCCUUAUUCGAACUAUCAGCGUUCCGUGAACCACCGUACGCACUAUACGUCAUUGGGAUCUCAGUCUUCAUGUUGGGUGUCUUCUUCGCUUUCUACUACGUUUCUUCGUUCGCGAGAGAUGUCCUGCAUGCGCCAUAUAGUACCUCGAUCAAUCUCCUCCUCAUUAUGAACGGCAUGGGCCUACUAGGUCGCCUCAUCCCUGGAUUCCUAGCUGAUCGUCUCUACGGUCCACUCAACACCAUUCUGCCGUGCUGUCUUGCUACUACAGUUACUUUGUACUGUUGGACUGCUGUUUCUUCUACGCCAUCUCUGUACGCGUUUGCGAGCAUGUACGGGUUCUUUAGUGCGGGUGUUCAAGGGUUGUUCCCUGCGACGUUGACAACGCUAACGAAGGAUUUGAGUAAAGUGGGUACGAGGACGGGGAUGGGGUUGGCAUUCGUGGGGGUUGCAACUUUAGUUGGGCCACCGAUUGCUGGCGCGCUGGUGCAGAGGAGUGGUGGUAGUUAUGUUGGGGCUAUUGUUUGGGGGGCGAGUAUGAUGGCUGUGGGAACGGGGAUUAUGGGGUGUGCGAGGGUUGCGGUGACGGGGUGGAAAGUCAAGCAGAGAGUGUGA